CCUCCCUUGAGAUCCUCAGGUGUUCUCUCACCUCAAAGCUCACGCUUACAAGCUUGCUCAGCCUUCCCAACCACUGUAACCUUUUACGACAUUUCGUUCUUAUUUUUCAAAAUGUCGGAUCGUUUUGAUAGCUUCCCCUUCAUCAGCUUGCUGAGUGGCUGGGGAGUCGUGAGUGGCCCUGGACUAUUGUAAGUUCACCCGAAUAUCAGCAAUAGUUCGUCAACUCACCUGGUUUAGCAUGCUACGCAGCUUGGUAUCCGGCAUCUCAACCGCAACAGUCGUCGGCGUCUCAAGCGGUAUGGUAGGCAGCAUGAUCUGGGGAACAGCUAGUCUCCCCUUCCUCAUCGGCUCAUCUCUCGGUUUCGCGUUCGGUAGCUACCGAUGGUACGAAGUCGCGACCAGAGAAGCCAUGGUUCAGCUGGAGCUGUACCCUGCACUGCUGCAGAUGCACAUCACCUCCAACUUUCCCUGGAUGGCGGGCCUGCAUAGUCAAAAGCGGGACUGGUAUAGGGCAGAGACGUUUCGCAGGUCGUGGGUUAUGAAGAGCAUGUUGGUUGUUGGUUGGCUUUCGGCUGAGUCGUCAUUGCGUGAGAUUCGUGAACGGAGAGAGGCCAAAUUAGUUGAGGAGUACAUCGCUGCUGAAGAAGAGUCAGAGUGAGCGUGUGGACUAGCAAUCAGAGACUUACUUCUGAAGUUAUCUUGUUCAAUAUAUCGAGGUCGAUAGCUCAUCAAUACAUUGACGCAACACAGUCACCGUUCCUCUCA